UCGGAAUCGGAACGAGAGAGCGAGAGAGCGAGAGAGAGAGAAGCAAAAUCGCUGCCCCAGCACGCGGCGGCGAGGAAGACGAAGUUAGGGUUUUUCUCUUCCCGGAGCAUCCUCCGCCAUGGUUCUUCUGCAGCCAGACCCGUUCUUGAAUGAGCUCACUAGCAUGUACGAGAGAAGCACGGAGCAGGGCUCUGUCUGGGUUACUCUCAAACGAUCGUCCUUGAAGUCUAAGGUUCAAAGGAAUAAGCUAAAAACUGCCGGUGAGUCAAUUGAGUACAGAUGCCUCAUACGUGCAACUGACGGCAAAAAGACUAUAUCUACCUCGGUAGGAGCUAAAGAUCAUCAGCGUUUUCAAGCUUCUUAUGCCACGAUUCUCAAGGCACACAUGACUGCUUUAAAGAAGAGGGAGAGGAAGGACAAGAAAAAGGCUGCUGAAGGAGCGGGGUCAAAGAAGGCACGCCAGGGGUCGUGAAAGCCAUUUUUUCAUUAAGGUACGCAGGACUGCUCCCUAAAGGAGAAGACAAAAGCUGCAGAAGUAUAGGAUGGUUGAAGAAGUAUAGGAUGGUCGAAGAAGAUGUCACAAGGGCCGCGAAAGCUGUUUUUUCAUCAAGUUUUGUCAAUACAAGUACAUUAGCCAUUGAGAUUCAAAUGCUUGAAGCCUCUGGGGAUUUUUCAGUCAGGCAGCCUUUGAUUACAAUAUUUCAAUAGCUGGAGUUUUUGAACAUCUCAUCUUCUGAGUGACUGCUUACGGCUUUUUGAUGCUUCUUUCUUGGGCUCAGGAAAUUGUACAUCGCGCAUUUUGAUUGCUUCUGCGACGUUUUGCAAUCAGCUUCAUCUUUUGAAGUAGGCUGUCUGAGUUGUCUCU